UCCCGCGGCGCCGAGGAUGAAGAUGCCGCUGGCGCUGCUGGCCCUGGCCACCCUGGGGGCCGCCGCCGCCGUCGGGGCUAGCCGGGAGGAGGCGCGGGAGGGCCGGUUCUCCACGCCGGAGCAGCAGCGGUGCCGCUGGGAGCUGCGCUCGGCCGCGGGGGCCAGCGAGCUGCGGCUGAGCUGCCGGGCUGCGGGCGGCGGGGCGGCGCGGAGCUGCGCCUACCGCGGGGAGCCGCGGCUCUGCCCGGCCUACGGCACCCGCAGCCACCAGUACUGGCGGCAGAUCCUGUCCCGGCUGCGGCGGCGGCUCCAUCCCUGCGCCCCGGGAGCGCCGCUCAGCGCCCGCCUGUGCGGGCCGGGCCGGGCACCGCCCGAGGCGCAGCUCCGCCUGCUGCCCGACUCCGGCCCGGCCACGCCGGCCCCCGCCCCGCAGCCCACCGAGGACGCCGCGGAGACCUACUGCGCCGAGCGGUGGCACUCUCUGUGCAGCUUCUUCGUCGGCUUCUGGGAGGGCUGAGCUGCCCCGGCCCGCGUGAGGGAGCGGGUCCGCCCGUCCCCUGCGCCAGGAUGCUCCCGGCAUCGCCUGCCC